AUGCUGCGGCGCCUGCUGCUCGUCGCCCUGGCCGCCGUGGCCAAGGAGACGGACUUUUACAAGCUGCUGAAGAUCGACAAGAGUUUCAACGAGAAGCAGCUCAAGAGCGCCUACCGCGAGGCCGCGAAGAAGUACCACCCGGACAAGAACCCGGGCGACGAGAAGGCGGCGAAGAAGUUCGCCCUCGUCGCGGAGGCGUACGACGUGCUCAGCGACCCGAAGAAGCGGCGGCGCUACGACCAGGUCGGCCGCACGGACGCCGCGGGCAAA